AUGGAAGUUAAGUUGGACGAAUAUGUAGAUGAUGGAUCAGAGGUGGAUAUGAGUUGUGCAAUAGAUGAGUUAUGGAAAAGGUUUAAGUCACUGGAUGUUGUUGGGAAAAGGGCAUUAAAAAGUUGGGUUUUUGAACUUGCGUUCCCUACAAUGAUUUCUAUGUGUCCACCACCUGAGAAAAUAAAAACUAAAGGGGGAGUCAAGAAGAAAGACAAAAAACCAGUAGGAUAUGAUGUUUAUAGAGACCCUUCGUAUUAUGAGUAUGUUGAUCAAGCAUCUCAAUCUUCACAGAUGCAAUCUCAACCAUCAUAA